AUGUGCCAAUGCGGCGAGGAGGACUGGGCGUGGUGCUGCAAUCGUUUGUGCGAGCCCUGCAGCAGCACAUGCUGCGAUGGAGAUGAUUUCUGCGACGUGACUGGUGCAGGCAAAAAGUGCUGGUGUGCGCCCCUGUGGCCCCUCGUCUUCUACUCGCGUUCGCACGAUUGCAAGCCAUGCAGCUUCUUUCGAUUCCUGCCCUUCCUGUUCACCCUCUCCAUCCAGCCGCACGGAUCGCGAUCUUCAUCGUUCUUCUUUAGCUUCCUCGUGAUCCUCUUCAGCAUCAGAAAAGAGGAGCACCGUCUUAGCAUCGACAUCCUCUACCCGCUCAUCAGCUUUCAAUUCACUUGGCACCAACUUGAAGGAAGCGACUACGACGAGGAGCGUUCUGUACAGCAUCUGGUACGCGGACGGCGCCAAGCGAGGUAUGGACCAUCCGUCAAUCUCGAAGAUGGAGUCGUUGCAGCUGUAGACGAGUCCGGAUCUCAGCUGUUGUGGACGAUCGAUUUCCGUGUGCUGCCCAUUCUGCUCGGGCAUUGGUCACCCAAGCGAGCCUGGAUCAUGUCCCUCGCUCCUUUGCCACUCUACUUCUCCUUCAGGCGGAAGCUGGGUCUGUUGAUGAAUCAAGAGCCGAGCGUGGAGCUCCAGUUGCACGUCGUGCCUCUCGUGUCCUUCUACUACCACGACGAGCCGCGCUCCUUCACCGCCUUCUUCACGCUCUUCUACGUGCUCUACUUCCACCGCCUCAGCUCCACCCCGCCGUACCUGGCCAACGGGCAGACCACCUACUGGUCCCUCGUCGUGUUCCCUCUCCUCUGGGUGUUCAGGUGGAACGACGGCUGGACCGUCUCGCUCUUCAUGGUCUUGUGGGUCAGUGCCAGCAAGGCCGCGGUGGUCCUCGUCAUCUUCCCCAUCUUCUGGUUGAUCUACACCAAAGGCGAGGCGAUCAGGGUCAUGGUCCUAUUCGUGUUGUGGCUUUCGAUCAACCCCAGCACAUCAAGGGUUCACUUGAUGCUCCUGUUCCUCCUGUGGAUGCACUGUGGCUGGGGCCGCAACUGUCGGUUGGGCCUCGUCCUGGUCCCGUUCCUGUGGGUGCAGUACGAGAAGCAGCUCUCGCUCCUCCACGGCGCCCCGACCUACUACAAAGCGCGGGUGUGGCUCGUACCAUUCUUCUUCUUCCGACAGCUCAGCCACGAUCAACGGAGCGUGUGUUUGUUCCCACUGUUCUACGUGAGCAAGGACGACACGGCGACGGACAGGUCGGUGCUGUGGUCGGUCCUCAUGCUACUCUGGUUCCGUUCGAGCCGGUCCGCGCACUCGACCCACAAGUGCUGCUUCCUCCCGCCCGUCUUCUACUGCAGCUCCUCGGCCUGCCCUCGCUGCUUUUGA